AGAGAACACCAUGAAGCUGAUGGUGAUGAUCCGUAACUCCGAGUUCCUACGCGGGACCCUCACGACGUACUUCGCCGCCAUGCCGACAGAGAUGUCCGACCAAGAUCAGCCUUUUUCUGGAGAACCGAUCAAACAUGCCCUCCGGUUGUUCCGUGAGCUCCUGGACAGGUCUCCCAGCUCUUACAUACAGGUAGUCGCACCUCUGGCGGUGUUAGGAACUACCAUUAACACUCUAAGAACAGUAAGUACGGUUGUGGAUGAAGUCAUAGAGACCAGGUUGAUGGAAGUUGAGUCGCGCAAAGACGCCAUUAUCGACAUCCAGCGCAGAGGAGCAGUGUUACGAGACAGCGACGGAACUCUAGCCACACGCCUGGACCGACAGCUUCAGCUCGAGACGCCUCCGGACGACUUCAGGGAACUAACGAUAAUCCCAACAUUCGAAGACAUCCACACAGACAAGGAGCCGUUUCUCCGCACCAACAUCGUCCGCGGCCGCUACCCAGACGUGGACACGUACCUGGACGUCCAGUUCAGGCUGAUGCGGGAAGACUUCGUACGGCCACUACGAGAAGGGAUCGCCGAGUUCCUGGACAUGCGCAAACAAGGAUUGGGGAAAGACAGAAGGCUCCAAGACAUCCGUGUGUACCAUGACGUCCACGUGGUCCACCCCCUCUGUACGAUGAAUGGCAUCGUCUACAGGAUACAGUUCGACGCUGCCAGACUCCGGGGAGUUCGCUGGCAGUCCACAAAGCGACUCAUAUUCGGCUCCCUUCUCUGUCUCUCCAAGGACGAAUUCAAGACCAUGUUCUUCGCGACGGUCGCAGAACGCGACGCUGAAGAGCUCCAACAAGGAUGCGUGCAGAUUCGGUUCGAGCAAAACCACGACGACGCGUCGUCCAUCAGUCCCACCGACACCUUCAUCAUGGUAGAGACUUCCGCCUACUUCGAAGCCUACCGACACGUCCUGAAAGGUCUUCAAGAGGUCGAAGAGGACGCAAUGCCAUUUGCCAAGUACAUCGUGGACUGCGACUGUGCUAACGGCGUGGAUCCACCGGCCUAUCUUCGAGAAAGGUACGGGGAUGUCGAAUAUGACCUCAGAGCUCUAGUUGAGACUCCCAAGCAAGUACUAGUGACCGCGAGACGACGUGCGAGGCCAAGAAACAGGGACCCGUUUGGCUCAGAUCUUGACGAAUCAGAGAACUCCGGCGACGACGACGAGAAACUUACCGAUGUAUACGGCAGCAACAACCCCCACUUUGCUCGAGCUCGGUCGGUUCCCAUUCUCCGAGACGACAUGUGGCCUUCUGCUGAUGCUCUGCACCUGGACGAGUCUCAGUACCUCGCCGUGAAGAUGGCGCUGACCAAAGAAUUCUCUGUCAUCCAGGGUCCACCGGGAACAGGGAAGACGUACAUCGGGCUCAAGAUCGUCCAGGCUCUGCUGAAGAACAAGAGCGUGUGGCUGAGGGACCAGGAUCUGAUGAACAGCCCAACUAGGCCCAUCCUCGUGGUGUGUUACACGAAUCAUGCUCUAGAUCAGUUCCUGGAAGGCAUCUCUGAGUUCCACUCGACAGACAUCGUGAGGGUGGGAGGGCGAAGCCGCAGUGAGAAGAUGGAGCAGUUCAACCUGAAGACCAUCAGGUUCAGCCAAAGGAAGUCAAGAGACCUCCCUCGAUAUAUCCACGAAGGAGCUGCGGAGGCAAGGGAUGACAUGGAAUGUUUCCGACAAGGCAUGGAGAUAGCUGUAGCAAAGAUGAUGGCGACGCAAAGAGGACUCCUUCAUGAGCAUGCUCUGAUGCCAUUAAUGAGCGACAAACACAGAGAAUCUUUGAUGAAUAUGCCCCCCAUGGGACACGACCCUGGAUGGGCCAUGGUAGGAAAAAAGGGUUCCAUAACCGUGCAGUGGCUUGGUCUGAAAGGAAAUGUUAUCAUACUGCCGGGAGGGGGCAACCAGAACCAACCUGAGGAAGAAGAGGAGGAUGGAAGAGUGGAAGAGGAUGAGAAAGACGAAGAGAUUGACGUCGUAGAAGAAGCCGGCUUUGCAGAGGAACAGCGCCUACUCGACACCGACGAUGACAAGAGAAGGAAAGCCAAGAGGAAAGUCCGUGAAGACGUACAUGUGGACCUCGCACUUGACGUGGACGCGCUACAGCUUGAAGAGGAUCAGGCUGGGGAACAUGGUCUGUGGCAGGUGCAGACCAAUGCGAAGAAGAUGAAACAGAAGGUGAAGCACGAACUCAGCAAGACGGACAUGAUGACCGAAACUGAAGUUCGCCGUGUCCACAAUGUCUGGACUCUGCAGCUGCGGGACCGAUGGCGCCUCUAUCGGUACUGGGUGGCAAGGUACUGGGCCAAGUACAGGGAGUCUAUCGAAGGCUAUGAACGAGAAUACGAACAUGCGGCUAAGCGUCUAGUAGAGUUCCAGACCCAAGAAGACGGCGAGAUUAUGAAGCAAGCAACCGUCAUCGGCAUGACCACCACUGGUGCUGCCAGGUACCGUUCAAUCCUGCAGGAUAUUCAACCUGCUAUCAUCAUUGUAGAAGAGGCAGCAGAGGUUCUGGAGGCUCACAUCGUCACAACGCUCUCUCAGCAGUGCCAACAUCUCAUCCUCAUCGGAGAUCACCAACAGCUCCGUCCCAACCCAACCGUCUACCAACUGGCCAAGAAAUAUAACAUGGACAUCUCCCUGUUUGAGCGCAUGGUAAAGAACGACAUGCAGUGUGUGCGGCUUCAGUCACAGCAUCGCAUGCGGCCAGAGUUCGCCCGGCUCCUGACGCCACACAUCUACGAGUCACUGGACAACCACGAAUCGGUGCUCAACUACGAGAACAUCAAGGGUGUCUCUUCCAACAUGUUCUUCGUGGAUCACAGCUACUGGGAAGCGCACGACGGCGACACGAAGAGCCGCUCCAACAUGCACGAGGCAAAGUUCAUGGCCAGCUUCUGCCGCUACCUGCUUAAGCAAGGGUACAGCCCGUCCCAGAUCACCAUCCUCACCACGUACACGGGACAACUCUUCAACUUCAAGAAGGUCAUGCCGAGGCAGGUCUUUGAGGGUGUGCGCGUCUGCAACGUGGACAACUUCCAAGGAGAAGAGAGUGACAUCAUCCUGCUGUCACUGGUGAGGAGCAAUGUCGAAGGCAACGUGGGCUUCCUCAAGGUUGAAAACCGUGUUUGUGUGGCUCUUUCUCGAGCGAAGAAAGGUUUCUACGCCAUUGGAAACCUGACAAUGCUGUCGCAGACUAGUACACUGUGGAGCAAGAUCAUCCAAGAGCUUCGGGAACAAGGUUGUGUAGGCCGGCACCUCAAGCUGUGUUGCCAAAACCAUCCAGACACCAGUAUCAUGGCGGUCACUGAGAAAGACUUCGAAAAGGCACCGGCGGGAGGCUGCAUGCGGCCCUGUGACUUCAGGCUAGAGUGUGGCCAUGCCUGCGCAAGCGCCUGUCACCCGAUCGACCCUGAGCAUGAAGAGUACAAGUGCAAGAAGCCUUGUAAGAAUGUCUUGUGUGACCUCGGUCAUAAGUGUCCAAAACCCUGUCAUGAGACCUGUGACGACUGUAAGAUACGUGUAGAAAAGACCAUCCCCGACUGUCAGCACAAACAAAAGGUGGCGUGCUAUGUACCUCCGAGUGAAUUCGUAUGCCAAAUACCAUGUGAGAAGACCCUUCCCUGUAACCACAAAUGCAAGAACAAGUGCGGUGAGAGGUGCACCCAGUACUGCAAGGAAGUUGUACCACACCAGCUCCCCUGUUUACACACCAUCCAGGCAGCCUGCUCAGCUAAGGAAGAUAGCCUCGUCUGCAACACCCCGUGUCCACAGGUGCUGAAGUGCGGCCACCCUUGUUCUGGUACAUGUCAUCUUUGCAAGCAGGGAAGGUUGCACCAGCCAUGUGUGCGGCCAUGCAACCGUGAGCUCAUUUGCUCCCACCAGUGCAGAGAACCGUGUUCUCAUCAGAAUUGUCCUCCGUGUCGAAGUCCUUGCAGAAAUCGCUGCGUUCACAGCCAUUGCCAAGAUGAGUGCGGGAAGCCCUGCGUAGUCAUGCCGUGCCAGGAGCCCUGCGAGUGGAGAUGCAAACAUCACAAGUGUGACAAGCACUGCGGUGAGCCUUGCGAUCGUCCUCGAUGUGACCAGCCCUGCCAGAAACGCAGACGCUGUGGCAGGUGUAAGAAGAGCCGACCGUGCAUCGGUAUGUGUGGGGAACCUUGCCCGAAGAAGUGCCGAGUUUGCGAUCGUAAAGAGUUGACAGAGGACGUCUUCGGCACCGAGGGCGAACCCGGCGCACGAUUCGUACAGCUGGAGGACUGCGGGCACGUGCUAGAGGUUAGCGGGCUGGACCAGUGGAUGGACCAGGGGACGGACGACACCACCGACAGAAACAUCAAACUCAAAACCUGCCCGAUCGCGAGAUGCAAGACGCCAAUACGACACAACGUGCGCUACGGCAAUAGCAUUAAGAAUACGCUGGCAAAGAUCGAGGAGGUAAAGAACCAGCAGUACGUUCCAAAGGCAGAGAGGAAUUCCAGUCUCAAGAUGUUAGCUGGUCUCCGUGAUCAUGAUUUGGACCUGCGACUGUACUGUGCUGAGUCCUCGACUGAUCUCUAUAAGCAAGUGGGACGCUGCUGUCUGUCUUCACCUGAGGAGUUGGCCAUGUUUGAAAAAAGAAUCCUUUUCCUGAAGAAAAUUGCGAGGCGUAAGAAAGAUAAAAAGAAAUGCCUUUCUGCCCUGGCAGACAAGCGCUACAUUAUGGAAUUAGACAGGGAAAUCAAAGAAUUGGAGAACUGGCUGCUUCGUCGGACGGCCUAUGUGAGCGACCAGGAAUGGGAGGAGUUUGAGAGAGAGAUGGCCCGACUGAAGUGUCUCCUGAAGCUCCGAGUCCUUCAGAGUCAAAUCCAGAGGAAGGGAAUCAGCCUGAAAGACGUGACCCAGACGAUCCUGGACGGUGCGGAACGCAGGCUGACCGACCUCAAACCUUUCACGGAAGACAGGGAGGAAAUGGUCGAGCAAACCCUGGAGUAUGUCCAGGAAACUGUGACCCUGAAGAGUGCCACAGCAAUGGGGGCUGCAUAUGGUGCUAUGGGGGUGAGGCAGUCACGGGCUUCGACCAGACAUCCGCUUGGCACCGCCGGAGAUGCAUAUGGACGGAUCGAGGCGCGGCGCCUGGCCCGAUCAGGUCAGGCCGACUUGGCGAAAGUCUAUGGCUCGAAAUUCGACGACUUCACAAUCUAA